GUUUGACAUGCUCCGCGACGCUCACAGGGACAGAGAAUCAUCAUGUCAUCCUUCGCUAUUCUCCACCAUUCAUGCCUUUUUUUAUGUCUCGGCCAUCCAAUAAUUGAUACGACGCUACAGCUUAUCAUGCCGAAAUGCUCGGUAGAAAGGACCGUGUCAAAAUCGCCACGCAGAAAGCUUUUUUUUAUUUGUUGAAUUUCUUUAUCGAUGUUUUUAUGCGACAUGCAAGAUUUAGAAAAACCAAGAAUUGACAAAACGGUGUAUUAAAUGUACAUUGGUUAUCAGCUGUUGUUCAUUCAUAAUCAUUGAAUAUCAGAUACAAUGGUUCGUAUGGCAGGCCAAGGGAAACUAUGGGUAAUAACCGUAAUAUAUCAUACAAGAGACAACAAUUUACUAUCGGUCCAAAUUUUUUUAUUAUUUUUUCGAGACGGGCUUUUGUUCCGUGUUUCCCUUGAUGUGAUACGGUAUCUAAAGGACCAUGGUGCAGUAUUCAGGCAAGGAUUACAAAUACGUGCAAGAGGCUCUUCAAUACCUGGAAAAGUUCACGCCUCAUCACCUCCGAGUUUUUUCCUUUGCCACUUCCGACUAUCACUUUGGCCAUAAACUUCCUUUCCACUAUGAUCGCUGUCAUGUGGAAUUCCAUUCUCACUCACUCUACCAGGAUCCCGUCAAAGCUCAAAUUGUGUUUGAUUCAAGUAAUUACACAUUUCCACCGGACAUUAUCUUUUUGAAUCCUGCUGCAUUGCCCAACGUAGAACCUCAAGCUUGGUUGCCUACCGACUGGGAUAUCACAGCCAAAACGUGUCUCGUAGAAUGGCUCCAGCAUAUUGAAGAGCUCUUGUUCCAAGGGACCAGUCGCAAACUCUCUGUACCCGAUAUCAUGGCGGUGGAUUCUGAGGAGGACCGAUCGGAGUCUCUGAGUGUCAGAACAGGUGCAUCGGUUGAACCCGUACGAAGUCCUUCUCACGGUACAGUGACAAGACGUGUGAGUAAUUCUGGUAGCCAUCCUUCUUCCAUUCUCCCGCAUGCGGAGAUGGUUGAAUUUCGACGUUCUUUUAUUCAACAAUGUCUCAUGCAAUAUAAUGACCAUGUGAUACGUUACGACGAUAAAGAGUUUUUUUCCAUCAGUCUGUAUCUCACCGUGAAAAUCCCGUCGGAUCUGUUCCAGGAACUUCAAGAAUAUCACUGCCAAGCCGUGCAACAACGGCCGGAACCCAAGGUCGCCAAAGCACGACAGGAAGCGCCCGUCAUUGUCUCACGUAAAAAAAUUGUCACAGGCCACUUGGAUGGGAGUUAUUUUUUUUUUUUUUUGAACUAGGUUGUGCUCACUUAUCGAGUUUUUUUUCCACUAGUGCAACUGCCGCAGGAUUUCCCUCUAUCUGAUAUUCGGGUCCACUUUAUCUCUGCCGUCAACACCCAAUCGCCGUCCAUCCCAAUUCCCGAUCAAGCUCAAUUUACAUUUCCUGUCAACUUGGAAUCCUCACUGCCAGACAUGGUAGCCGAUCUCUUGUAAGCAUGAAAUUUGUAAAAAUGAAACCCUUGGUUAAAGAAAACUUAUGCUGUCGUUUAGCCAAUUGGUCCUGGACGACAUCC